AUGUCCCAGGCACCCUUCUCUGUGAGGCUGGAGGGGAAGGUCGGGGGACCACAGAGCACUGUGGGUGCACGGGAGCUGUGGGUCGCGGCUCUCCCCAGCUCUGGCGAUGGAGAGACCUGGCAGAGAGCCGCCUGCACAGUCACGCAGCAGACGCCGUUCCAGCUCUCAAGGAACUGGCAGGGGACACAUGCCGUCAAGGCGGGGAGGGGAGGAAGACCGCAGGGCCACCGACCUGAAGCUGCCGACCCAGUCCUGGGCCGCUCAGUGCCAAGUGGUGGCAGCACAAGCCCCAGAACCCGCUCCGCUCCUAGCACGGGCUCCCACUCACCUGCCAACCCCGGAGCGCCCACAGCCCCUGCUUCCCCGCUAUCUGUGAACCUGUGCUCUGCUCUCCCAGGCCAGAAUGUGACCCCUCGGUUGGAUCCUCAAACGGCAGCGGGUGAGGUGGAUGGGGUUAAUCUGGAGGAGAUCCGAGAAUUUGCCAAAGCUUUUAAAAUCCGGCGCCUGUCCCUUGGCCUGACGCAGACUCAGGUGGGACAGGCCCUCAGUGCUACAGAGGGCCCCGCGUACAGCCAGUCGGCCAUCUGCAGACACACCAUCCUGAGAAGCCACUUUUUCCUACCACAGGAAGCCCAAGAGAACACUAUAGCUAGCAGUCUGACAGCCAAACUGAACCCUGGCCUUUUGUAUCCUGCCAGGUUUGAAAAGCUGGACAUCACCCCUAAAAGUGCCCAGAAGAUCAAGCCGGUGCUUGAGCGGUGGAUGGCUGAGGCUGAGGCCCGCCAUCGAGCAGGUAUGCAGAACCUGACCGAGUUUAUCGGGAGUGAACCGUCCAAAAAGCGCAAGAGGCGCACCUCCUUCACACCCCAGGCCCUUGAGAUCCUCAAUGCCCACUUUGAGAAGAACACACACCCCUCUGGGCAGGAAAUGACCGAAAUUGCUGAGAAGCUGAACUAUGACCGGGAAGUAGUUAGAGUUUGGUUCUGCAAUAAGAGGCAAGCCCUGAAGAACACAAUUAAACGCUUAAAACAGCACGAGCCGGCCACAGCGGUCCCUCUGGAACCCUUAACAGACUCUCUGGAAGAAAACUCCUAAAGAGACGCCCAUACGUAAUCGGAAACAGAAUCCACAGAAAUUAAACCUCACCAUUGAGACUCCACCAAACAAAAAGAAAAAAAGGAACAAAACUCAAUUAAAUUAAAAAGUAGCCCCAGUCAUCAUUAUCCGUGUAAGUAAAAAGACUUAAGAAAACUGCCAAGUGGACAAAAUGGUUUAUACAUGUCCGUUGGUUUUCCAAAAAGAAAAAAGAAAAUUUUUUGAAAAUUUUUAAACGAGGACUACACCACACUGCAGGUGUGUGUGGUAGGAUAGUUCCCUGCCCCUGACCUAUCUCCCCAAAGCCAGUUUUUUAAUGGACUGAAAGCAAACCAA